AUGGCGCCUACUCUCCCCUACCGCGAUAUCAACGUCAAGGUCGCGCCCGAUUCUUACACCUUUACUUCUCCCUCCUCUCCCGAUGCUCCGGCUCUCGUAAUCGACCGUCCGACCGGAGAUUUGCGCCUCGGCGAUGCCGGCCUGAGCAAGAGAGUCACCCGUGUCACCAGCAUCGCUGGUAUUCUGGGCAUCAUCCAGCUUAGACUUGACAAAUAUGUCAUUGUAAUCACAAAGGCCCAGCCCAUGGGCCGCCUCAAGGGCCACAUGGUCUACAAGGUCGUCACCACCGAGAUCCUGCCCAUGCGCGAGCGCCAGAUUCGCGACCCUGACGAGGAUACCUUCAUCGGCCUGCUCGACACCUUCAUGAAGAAUGGCCCCAUGUACUUCUCCUACUCUUUCGACCUCACAAACUCCUUCCAACGCCAAGCUUCUGCCGACACUUCCCUCCCGCUCUGGCAGCGCGCCGACGACCGUUUCUUCUUCAACCGCUUCAUCCAGUCCGACUUGAUCGACUUCCGCACGCGGGGCGCCAGAGGCCAUGCUGGUCCCCAGCCUGGUGCCGAUCCCUUCAUCCUGCCUGUCAUCUUUGGCAUGCUGGAGAUCAAGCCCACGACCUUCAGGGGAACACCCGUGACCGUCACCCUCAUCUCCCGUAGAUCGAGACACCGCGGCGGAACCAGAUACUUCACCCGAGGUGUCGAUGACGAGGGCCACGCCGCCAACUACAACGAGACGGAACAGAUCACCAUCUUCAACGAUUCGGGCAGCGGCAUGGGUGGCUUCGCCGGCAGCAGCGAUAUGCAGAGCGGGAAAUACGGCGCGGACGGCAAGGAGACGCAGAUCAUGUCGUACGUCCAGACCCGAGGCAGUGUGCCCACCUACUGGGCCGAGAUCAACAGCUUGCGCUACGUCCCCAAGCUUCAGGUUCGAGGCAUCGACAGCGCUCUCCCUGCGGCGAAGGCACACUUUGAGGAGCAGAUUCGUCUCUACGGCGACAACUAUCUCAUCAACCUCGUCAACCAGAGCGGCCGCGAGCAGCGUGUCAAGAACUCGUACGAGCAGAUGGUUGAGAAGCUCGUUUCCUCUCCAAAGGAGAGGACGGAGGCUGACCGCAUCACGGAGGAAAAGUUCACAACAAUCCAGCCUGAGAAGCGCGCCGUCCAGUUCGACCGCCUACACUACAUCUACUUCGACUACCACCACGAGACCAAGGGCAUGAAGAUGCACCGCGCUUACGCCCUCAUCGAGAAGCUCAAGGAGGCGCUCGACGCCCAGGGGUACUUCCGCGCCGUUGACAUGCCAGGCGCCAACGACGGCCGCCUCGAGCCGCGCAGCUACCAGACCAGCGUCAUGCGCACGAAUUGCAUGGACUGCCUCGACCGCACAAACGUCGUCCAGUCCAUGUUCGCGCGCCAUAUGCUCGACCGCAUCUUUGAGGAGAUGGGACUCAUGGCCCGCGGCUCCUCCUUCCGCGACGAGGACCCGGCCUUUGAGCACAUGUUCCGUAACCUCUGGGCCGACAACGCCGACGUCGUCUCGUGCUCCUACUCGGGCACCGGAGCCAUGAAGACGGACGUCACCCGUACGGGCGUCCGCACCAAGAUGGGCGCUCUCCAGGACGCCCGCAUCGGCAUUACCCGUUACUUCAAGAACAACUUCCUCGACGGACCCCGCCAGGACUCGUACGACCUCUUCCUUGGCGUCUACCUGCCGGGCACCGCCAACAUUGGCAACUCGCUCAUCUUUGCCGACCGUCGCCCCAUCCUCAUCCAAUCUGUCCCCUACCUCCUCGCCUUCAGCAUCUUCCUCGUCCUCGUCGCCCUCUUCACCAAGACCGAGGCCGUCCUUUCCAUCCGUCUAUUCAUCCUCUUCUGGCUGGCGGUGGCCGCAUGGAGCGCCAGCUUCAUCUUUGGCCACGGCAUGCUCUACGUAAACUGGCCCAAGCUGAACCCCAGGCCGUGGGCUUUUGAGGGUUACAACGAGCACAUGUCCAAGGCCCGCAAGGAUUCUGUUUUGGGAUCCUUUGUCGCCCGUCACGAACGCGGGCUCAGCACGGCACGGUAUCUCAAUGCCGAGGAGGGCAAGAAGAGAAUCGAGUAA